UCUCGCGGAAAUUUGAUGCUUCAGAGAAUAAAGACAUACAUUGCAUUUCUGGAGCAAAAGCUUGUGGAAUUUGAUAGGACGGAGAGGCUGAAUCAUUUUGUUUUAACUGAUUCCGAUAUAGCAGUGGUUGAUGAUCUUGGACAUAUAUUUGAAAAAUAUCCCCAUUUUCAUCUGGCUGUUACUUUUUGUAAUAACAAAGGGCAACCAUUGAAUUCUGGGUUUGUUGCUGUAAGAGGAACCAGGGAUGGCAUCACUAAAGCUGUGGAAUUCUUGAAACAGGUCCUUGGAACUUACAGCUUAAGAUAUAUUAAGGCUUCCCGUAUGCUUGGUGACCAAUUAGCACUUGCAUGGGUCGUCAAGUCUCAUCUACCAUCGGCUUUGGGAAAAUUUUCUAAGCAUGAAGCAUUUACUGGUGAAGUUAAUGGAACAUCUGUUCUCUUCUUGCCUUGUGUUGUUUAUAAUUGGACCCCGCCUGAGGGUGCUGGACAGUUUCAUGGUAUACCCUUGGAUGUUAAGGUUGUCCAUUUCAAAGGUUCAAGAAAGCGAUUGAUGCUUGAGGCAUGGAAUUUCUACAACUCAACCUCUAAGAUGUCUGAUAUGCUAUGCCUAAUCUUGAGAAGUGGCCGGACGAAAUACGACUUCUAA